AUGGCGACACCACUUGAACGCUACAUCCAAUGGCUUCGCGACAACGGUGCUAGAUUCGACAAAUUUGAUUUCAAGACAGAUCACGAUGGCAUUGGUAGUGUCUAUGCAAGUCAACCCGUGGAAGAGAAUGAGACAUUGGCAACGCUCCCUUUUCGACUUGCUAUUACUGAACCAGUUGCACGACGCGCUUUUCCCUCUUUACAUGCGUAUCCCUGUCGACCUGUCAUGUCAGCUUUUGUGGCACAACAAAAAAAUCUCGGAAGCCAAUCCUUUUAUGCGCCUUAUUUGGAUGUGUUACCAGCCAAAAUCAUGACCACCUUAUUCUUUGACGACGAUGACAUGCGUUUCAUUGAGAACACGUCAAUUGCAACUGCAACGAUGGAGCGUAAGGCAGCAAUCCAUGCCGAGUAUGAGAAGCUAUUAAGAGAACCUGGUGUUGACAACAUCUCAUGGGACGACUAUCUUUGGGCUUAUUGUGUGCUUUCUUCUCGUUCAUUUCCUUACAAGUUGAUCGAUCCAAGCAAGGAAGAUGUCCCCUCUGAAGUCUUGUUCCCACUAUUGGACGCAUUGAAUCACAAGCCCAACACCAAAAUUACUUGGAUGAGAUCUGGUGAUGAGGAAACGGGAACUCUUUCUUUUGUUACCGGUCAGCCAGCAGAUCAAGGACAACAGCUCUUUAACAAUUAUGGUCCAAAGUCCAAUGAAGAAUUGCUUUUGGGUUAUGGCUUUUGCUUCCAAUACAAUGAAUACGACCAUUUUGCUAUCAAACCCAACUUUUCGCAAGAUCCAAAUGGGCCAAUCAAGCUGAGCCUCCUUUCACAAGCGAAUAUCGUAUCCGGCAAUGAUGAUCCAUUGUUGAAUUAUGUGCACCGACAAUCAGCCCCCGACUCUCUUUGGAAACUCAUGCGAGUACUCGUGAUGAAUGAGACUGAAAUCAGCUAUUACGCCAAUUGUACGGAUGCCAGCAUGCUUGAUUUUGUCGGAUAUCGCAACGAGCUUGCCAUGCUUAACACCACCCAAUCCCUGCUUCAAUUCAAGCUGAUGAAUGUGCAAAGGCUCCCUGUAAGUCGUGAUCAGGCAACCAAACCAUGGCAGCAAUAUGCAUUGAUGUACCGGGAUGGUCAAGAAGACGUUUUGAAAUCCAUCUUAUCCAUGGUCGAACAGCGGAAGCAAUCGGUGCUGAAGACAAUGGCACAAGAUACAGUUGCACCCAAUGCACCUUUCUUGAAGAUCGUCAAUCCAGAGCAUUUCUCUACUCCACGUGAAGAAUCCUCAUCUAUGGUCAUGCUUGAAAACGUCACCAUCAGCUUGAAGCAACUUUUGCAAAGAAAUCCUACAUUCAAGAAUGCUGUUGACCAGUUAUUCGAAGACAUUGAAGAAGAGGAGGAUAUUGUAUUUAUGCUGGCACUGAUACAAGAGCGGUCUAAAGAGGUUAAGAGCAAAUGGCAUGACUUUUUCAACAAAACCAGUAAUUUACAAGAGGUUGAUCCGCAAACGGCUGCUGAGUUACAGGAUUUAUAUAGCUCCCUAUUUCCAGCAUUCACUAAUGCAGUCCCCGAUGUCUUCCAUCCAACUAUCUUUACAUUCGAGGCGUUGUUAUGGGCAGAUAAUGUAUUGAAUACCUACUCGCUGAGUAAUCCACUCGUACUUGUACCAAUGUAA